UCUCCCCCUCACACACACUCCUCGACAGAACAACGUAACUCAAAAGGGAGAGGAAGCGGUCAGUGGUCGCCUCGCCGCCACGCACCCACCCUCCUCCCCGGGCGCCUCGCCGCCACUCUGCCAUGCUUCCCAGGCCGAGCCAGAGAAGCAUCUUCCACCUCGGGGAGGAGGGUGGCUACGACGACCACCACCACCGCGGAGCCGGCGACGAGCAUGCCAAGAGCGUCGUCGAUGCUGCUACUCGCCACGACAGAGGGCGCCGAGAACACGGGCGGCAACGGCGGAAGCGCGACGCCGCCGCCGCGGCCGGCGGCGUCGGGCUGCAGAUGCUGGUCCGUCAGCACAACCGGCACCACAUCACGCCGGCGCCGCCGCCGCACUCGCACAUCGUCCUGAAGCAGCAGGUGGUCCUGCUGCCGGCGGCGGCGCGCCACCGCCGCGGGCCGUGCGGCAGCUUCUUGAGGGCCUGCUCCCGCUGCCGGAGGGAGCUCAGCCCCAACAAGGACGUGUACAUGUACAGAGGCGACCAGGGAUUCUGCAGCGAGGAGUGCCGGUGGCAGCAGAUGUUGCUAGACGAGGCGAGGGAACACGAGGCCAUCGUCAAGAAGGAGCGCAUGCGGCGAGGCUUGCCACGGCCGGCGGCGGCGGCGGCGAUCCGCGGCGCGCCGAGGAGACUAGUCGCGGUAGCCUACUAGCUAGGUAGGCUAGGCUAGCAUCCAGGGCCGAUGCACAAGCAUAUAGAGAGAUGGCCACUGCUCUUUGCAUACAUACCGGCCGGUGAUGAUAUGAUAUCCUUGCUUUCAGAAGUGAGCGAGAGACGGGGGGAAAUGAGUUUCGAGGUGCAAAUUUAAUUGAAGUUUCGUGGAGGGUACAGGGGAGAACCGCGAAUAUUGUAAACUGUUGAUGAAGCCGAACGAACGGCCAUGUCUGCUGUUUGUGUAAA